AUCAACUAAAACAACUUCUCUCUCUAUAAUAUUGAUCAUUGAUAAUGGCUAAUACUGAUUUACAGAAGUUGGUGAAUCAAGUGGAGAUCAAAUCGGACGGUGAUGUAUUUCAUGAAAUAUUCAGGGAAAGGCCUCACCACAUCUCCACCAUGUCUCCUUCAUUGAUUCAAAACGUGGAUAUUCACGAUGGUCAUGAUUGGGGAACUGUUGGAUCUAUCAUCUACUGGAAUUACACUCAUGAUGGUAAGGAGAAGGUGGCAAAGGAUAUAAUAAGAGAAAUAAAUGAGGAGAAGAAAUUGGUGAAGUAUGAAAUUGUAGAUGGUGAUAUAAAAGAACAUUACAAAACAUUUUUUGCCACUGUUCAUGUAGACACUGAGGGUGAGAAUAAUCUUGUUACAUGGACAUUUGAAUAUGAGAAAUUGAACGAGGAUGUAGAGGAUCCCACCUCCCUCAUGGAUUUUUGCAUUACUUUGACAAAGGAUAUCGAGACUCAUCAUCUGUCGCCAACUAAAUAAUUAAUAUGAUAGUAAGAAUCAAAUGGCAUGUAUGGCCAUGGUUGUGUGUGGUUGAAUUAUAAUUAUGUUAUAAAUAAAUUGAGAAGGUUGUCUAUUUUGUUGUAAAACAUGAUGUUUGUGAUCCUAUAGUGUAUUUUAUCGAUAAUAAAGGUUUUGAAAAUCUGAAAU